AUGUCGCCCACACCUCUUCGCCCUGGCGCCUAUGCGCCAACAAUGACCUUCUUCGACCCGAACACUGAAGAGCUCGACGUCCCCUCGAUCCGGCGCCAUGUGGUGCGCCUGGCCAAGGCCGGCCUGGUCGGCCUAGUGACCAUGGGCUCGAACGGCGAGGCAGUACACCUGACGCGCGAGGAGCGCAUGACUGUCACGCGCGAGACUCGCUCAGCUUUAGACGAGGCUGGGUUCACAAAUGUGCCGGUCAUCGCCGGAGCCAGUGAGCAGAGCAUCCGCGGCACCAUUGAACUCUGCAAAGAAGUCGCAGCCGCAGGCGGCGAGUACGCGUUGAUCGUCCCGCCCAGCUACUACCGGUACGCGGUGGGCAACGACGAGACGCUGUACGAGUUCUUUACGGCCGUGGCGGACCAAUCGCCCGUGCCACUGAUUCUGUACAACUACCCCGGCGCCGUCGCCGGCAUCGACAUGGACUCGGACCUCAUCAUCCGCAUUUCCCAGCACCCCAACAUCGUCGGGACCAAGUUCACCUGCGGCAACACCGGCAAGCUGACCCGUGUUGCUGCCGCCCUCGGCGCUCUGACGCCACCAUCUCCGCUGGCCCCGGCCCAGCGUGCGGCACCGACUGUCUCCAAACCCGACGCUAAGCACCCCUACGUCGCCUUUGGCGGCAUCGCCGACUUCACCCUCCAGACCCUUGUCUCGGGCGGCACUGCCACUCUUGUGGGCACCGCCAACGUCCUCCCGCGUCUGUGCGUGCGCGUCUUCACUCUCUGGAGUGAGGGGCGUCUCGCCGAGGCGAUAGAGCUGCAGAAGCAGCUCAGCGUUGCCGAUUGGAUCCUCACCAAGGCUGCUAUUUCUGGCACCAAGUCGGCUAUCCAGUCUUACUAUGGCUACGGUGGGUUCCCGCGGCGGCCACUCAACCGGAUCAGUGAUGCUCAGGCUCAAGAGAUUGCCGGCAAACUCAAGGGCUUUGUUGAGAUGGAGCGAUCGCUGCCGGAUGUGGCAUAA